UAAACCCCUCUCUCUCUCUACUCUCUCUCUCUCUACUGUUGGUUCUGUAUUACAGUGGUACAGAUUCACUCCCCUUUUCACAUGUCUCAUGAAAGUGUAUUCAUCCCUCCCUACAUCCAUUUCUUAAUUCGAAACUCACCAAAUCGCUCUUCUUCAUUGUCAAUGUCAUUAACACACCACUAGAACCAAAAAAAAAAACAAAAAAACAUACGAUUCGACUCCCAUUUCCAUUUCCAUUUCCAUUUCCCAAAAUAUGAUUUCAAUUUCCCCCAAAACCCUUUGAUUUCUUCUGCUAAAAACCUCUCUCAGAUCUCUCAAUCAAUCCUCAGAUUGACUUACAUGAGGAUUCCUAACUUAAAUUUUUCUCAGAAAUGUCGUCUUUACACCCAAAGUCCCAUGAUGUCGUCGACUUAGAGUCCGCUACUUCCAUUCCCGCCGCCGCCGGAGAAGAAGGGGAAAACGCCCAAUCCGCCGCAACAGAGAUUAAUGGCGACAAAAACAAGCAUCAUCAGAAAUGCGAAUCCAACUGCUCAGAUUGCUCGGUGGAGAUUUCAUCGAUUUCGGAUCUGCAUUUUGGUGAUAAAAUUAUUAGGGAUUGCCGGAUUUGCCAUCUGAGUAUGGAUUUGAGCAGCCACCAUGAUUCCGGCGGGAUUCCGAUCGAACUCGGCUGUUCUUGCAAAGAAGAUUUGGCUGCUGCCCACAAACAAUGUGCUGAAGCUUGGUUCAAGAUCAAGGGCAACAAAACCUGCGAGAUAUGCGGAUCGAUCGCGCAGAAUGUAUCGGGGGUUGCCGAGACGGAUUCCGUGGAACAGUGGAACGAGAGGAGCGAGGCUGAUGCUGCGUCGACGACAACGACGGUGGCGCCGAGUUCAGAUUCGCGAAACUUCUGGCACGGCCACCGGUUCCUCAACUUUCUGCUGGCCUGUAUGGUUUUUGCGUUCGUUGUCUCGUGGCUUUUUCACUUCAACAUACCCUCGUGAUGCCGCUGGCGGGGCUGUGCCGCCGUUGGCCUGGCGCUCCGGUGAGUGCUCCGGCAAGCGAACUUGGUUGCUGUCUUUCGGGACUCUGCCGGAAGCAUAUGUACGUUAGUUUGUACAAUGUUACCGUUGGAUAUAUAUAUAUAUAUAUAAACAUAUAUGUAUACAACUUUAGUUUCUUCAAGCUAUGUGCUAUGAAGUUGGAUGAAUUGUGGUUGAUUUACUAUUA